CCGGCCCCUUUAAGACCGACGCGGCCGCGCACACACUAAAAGCGCAGCCGCCGCCUCCUCGUUCCACUCCGUUGCUGCUGCUCCUCUUGUCGUCCUCGCCACCACCACCGCCGCCACCAUGCCCAUGUUCACCAUCCAGACCAACGUCUGCAAGGAUGCCGUGCCCGAGAGCCUGCUGGGCGACCUCACCCAGCAGCUGGCUAAGGCCACCGGCAAGCCCGCGCAGUACAUUGCUGUGCACAUCAUACCUGAUCAGAUGAUGUCUUUCGGGGGCUCCACAGAUCCCUGUGCGCUCUGCAGCCUCUACAGCAUUGGCAAAAUAGGAGGGCAGCAGAACAAGACGUACACUAAGCUCCUGUGUGAUCUGAUCUCUAAGCACUUGCAUGUUUCUGCAGACAGGGUGUACAUCAACUAUUUUGACAUGAAUGCUGCCAAUGUGGGCUGGAAUGGCUCCACCUUUGCAUAGAGCUCUCCCAUCUGUCUGAAGAAGCUGCUCCUGGACCAACCCUCAUCCUGUCCUUUAGCAGAGACCACCACACAAACGGCCCGGUGUUGCAUUUUGUGCCCUCUCACAGAUUGAUGGCUCCUUGGUAGUGUGCUUUGAAUAUUGCUGCUUCAAUGGUCCUCUGUCUUUUCUGUGUAGAAAACAAAUAAAGAUUUAGAAGUAA